UUGAGGCUGUAAACGCCAGCCGCGUCCACGGGCUGGAGUUUAGCCUCACCGCAGUAACACCGCCGCCUCUGCUCGUUUUGCAGGCCAUUGAAAACAUCGACGCCUUGGCUAGUCUCGACAGCCUGUUCCUUGGGAAGAAUAAAAUCACCAAACUUCAGAACUUGGAUGCACUGACCAACUUGACCGUGCUCAGCAUACAGUAUAACCGUCUGACCAAGAUUGAGGGGCUGCAGAGCUUGGUGAAUUUGCGUGAGCUGUACCUCAGUCACAACGGCAUCAAGGUCAUCGAGGGACUGGAGAACAAUAACAAACUCACGAUGCUGGACAUCGCGUCCAACAGAAUCAAGAAGAUUGAAAACAUCAGUCACCUAACGGAGCUGCAGGAAUUCUGGAUGAACGAUAACCUCGUCGAGAGCUGGAGCGACCUGGACGAGCUGAAAGGAGCGAGGAACUUGGCAACGGUCUACCUGGAGCGAAACCCCUUGCAGAAGGAUCACCAGUACCGGCGCAAAAUCAUGCUGGCCCUUCCCACCGUCCGGCAGAUCGACGCCACGUUUGUUCGAUUCUGAACCUCCCGCUGCCCGCCCCCCUCCUCGGAGAAACGUCCCCGCUGGGUUUUUUAUCCACUUACCACUCCCCUCGGGUGUUGGGUCCGCUGGCGCUC